ACUGAUAGAAAUGCAGGUGAGGACGGGAUGUCGGACCACAGUAGACCUCCUGCUUCUCCUCCUCCACAGUAGACCUCCUCCUUCAGAGACAGCAUGCAGCCCCGCUCCGCUCUGCUCCUCCUCCUCUCCAUCACCUCCGCCGCCUGCUUCGAGCUGCUGCCGGAGGAAGCUGCUCCCCGCCGGGCACGAUUCUCCUCCAACAGCCCGACUGAUGUGGCCAGAUGUUUAAACGACGCCGUGGCGGUCGGCUGUGGAUUCUUCUCCUGUCUGGAAAACUCCACAUGUGACACCGACGGGAUGCACGAAAUCUGUGAACUCUUCCUCCACUCAGCAGCCACAUUCAACACAGAGGGUAAAACCUUUGUGAAGAAGAGUCUUCUCUGCAUCUCUCAGGGAAUCUCAGCCAAAGUUUUCCAAACGAUCCGUCGUUGUAACAUCUUCCAGCGGAUGAUCGCCGAGGUGCAAGACGAGUGUUACACCAGUCUGGACAUCUGCACUGUGGCCCGGACCAACCCUGACGCCAUCGGAGAGGUGGUCCAGGUGCCCACACACUUCCCCAACAGGUACUACAGCACACUGCUGCAGGUCCUGCAGGCCUGCGACGAGCAGACCGUGGAGGCGGUGCGAGCCGGCCUCAUGGCCCGUUUAGGCCCCGACAUGGAGACCUUCCUGCAGCUGGUCCAGAACAAACCCUGUGCCCCUGGCUCCAACGCCGCCGUCUUCAACAACCCCUCCAGCUGGAGAAACAUGCCCGUGUUCAACGUCCAGCCCGGCUUCAGAGGGCGAGACCCCACCCACCUGUUCGCCAGGAAGAGAUCUGUGGACAACCUGGGGGGCGGGGCCACUGCAGAGAACUAGAUGACACACAAACACAUUAAAAUCACGCUAUCACACACGAUCCUGAAUUUUGUUUCCACACAUGCAGCUUCAUCACGAGUUCAUUCUGCAGCGGAGAGAGGUCAACGCGGCGUGAUGACAUCAUCCUGUCGGGGUCGAUCAUGUGACCUUCACUCACACGUCUGUGUUAGAGAGAUUUGUAAAAAGAAGAGGCCCGGUGAUUCUUACUGAUAUUUAUUUUCCUAAACGAGUUAAUUUAUGAGGCUGUGAUAUUUAAUGUAGAGAGGUGGGGGGGGGGGGAAGAGGCUUCACGCUGGUCGUGGCGCUCUCUUUGAUCCAGCUCGGAGACGUUUUAUUGGUUUAAAGGUUUUAAAUUUAAAGUCACAUGUUUGAAAGUCUGUUUGCUGGCUCGGCUGGUUUUUCUUUGAAAUAAAUGAUAUUAUACGACUGA